AUCUGUUUCCUCGACUUUCCAUUAACUUCCAGCGUACGCUGUCCUUCCAUCUCUUUUUAUCUCCAUUUUUCACCAAUCAUUUUUUCCGAUCAUCUUCAACAAUCGUUCCUCUAGUCUGUCACUUGGUCGUUUCCUCUCUUCACAUAUUCUCCUCUCACGCACCAUCUUUCUGUAUUCUUUACUUUGCUAUUCUAAACUUUUCAUUUUCUUUACUUUUUCGUCUCAGCUUAUUACUAAGUUUCACUUUUCAGGACGUCUCCGUUAUUUCGUUUAUGCUUUUCCUUUAAAUAUUCUUCGCUUCUACAAAUUUUAUCGUACCUACCACUUUACUGGUAGUUCACUCUAUUAUGUCAUAGCGUUUUCAUCUAUUAUAUACAUAUCUAUUCUAUGGCUGACUUUUAACUUUGUCGAAUAAGUUUUUGCACUUUCUCUUCUCCUCUUUUGAUUAACUCUCUUUAAUUUUCUUUCCUUCUCAUAUCUACAAUUUUACCAGAUCUUUUUAGACGAUAGUCAUCUUCACUCAUCAGCUUAUUUCUUUUUUUUUUGUAUUUAUAUUCCCCUUCCUCAAAAUUGUUUGUUUUAUGAUCCUUAGCCCUACUGGUAUCUCUAUCUCUAUCUCUAUCGUUAUUUAUCACACUCUUCCAUUUUCGUCGUAUCAUACUAUCACCCUCACCUUUCGCCUCCAAGACUCGACUUCUUUCACUUCUUCUUUCUCCACUUUGGCCCUCAUCCUAGCCCUCUUCUUACCCUUCUUUCUUUGUCGAUCAUUUCAAUCAUUCCUUCGCCCAUUCUCUUCAUCCUCUUAUUUUUCUCUCGCUACGACUUAGAGACUUCCUACCUUACCUACAGACUUUCGCAAAUCAAUCAAUUAGAAAGAUAUCAGUUUGACAUAAUUAGUCGUUUCGAUUAUUUUAUCAUUCCUACUCUAAAAAUAACAUAAGAGGAAAUUAACUUUAUUUCAUGCUGCGAGAUAACAGAAUCAGAAUGUGAUUUGAGAGAUUAUUUCGAGGAAUAUGUAUUUGAGUACGAAAUAUCAAAUAAGAUAGCUUAAAAAUGAAAUAAUUCUAAGAAUAAUAAUUUGCUUAUUAAAAUAGCGUAACACGUAAUAACAUUUAUUGUUAUUAUUACUACAUUUACUAUUAUUAUUUAAUUACUUCCAAACAGUUUUACUGAUAUAAUGACGCAUGAUUUUGCUAUAUUGGGCUUUCGCGUAUUUCAAACGUGGUCCAACGCCUUCUCGAAGUGGUCUCCCUUUCCUACCUUUUACACCCUCCGUUAGUUUCAUUCUCGCCAACGUGACGAUCCUCCCUCUCUCGUGACCGCGUGUUACUCUUCGUCACUCCUGCGCUCCAGCGCUCCAGCGAGCUUGCGCGCCUCAUCCUGUACAGAAGAGGCCUCCUCGACGAAGGAGGACCACCGUCAGGAUUCCGAUCAGUUUACCGGCAUCCCUCAGUCCGUACGUACGCGUCUGGUACCAGCGAUCCGCGUGCCGUUGAUCACGUGCAUCCACGCAAGACGCCGACUCUCGUUGACUCUCACCGAGGCGACCGUGCAACCGUGCAAGCAAAUAGGAAGAGAGAGAGAGAGAGAGAGAGAGUCCUUGGUUAGUUUUCACACAGGAUUCAGGAUGUUGGAGAAGUUUCCACAUCCGAGGAAUACCGACUCGCGAUCCUCUGGGAAACCUUGAGAAACUUCUUCGAGGAUAACGGUGCAGGUUCGUUCAGGGGAAUGUUUUUACAUUGGAGGUAACUCUAAGAUUCUGUGAAUCGAUGCAUAACGAUGGAGAUCGAUGGAGCUGAAGAUUUACGUAAGUUUCAUCGAACCUCGCACGGAACUCCGUCUCCAUGCUGAUAACUCGAUUGCGGUGGUGUUAAUGGAAGGCUGAUCGGGAAUGAGGAAACCAUCCAACGUUUCACCCUGGAUCGAUGACCGUGACAAAAUGGUGGAUCGGCAAAAAGCACUUCUAAUGGUGUUAAUAGCUCUCUUAAUUUAUCCAAAUGACAUUUUUGGCGGUGCUUUUCCACCCGAAUUCGCUGAUACUAUACAAAAUGUAACAGUAUCGCUGGGAAGGGAUGCAACUUUUACGUGUCUGGUCAAUCAUUUGGGGGGCUACAGGGUUGGGUGGCUGAAAGUGGAUACUAAGGCGAUCCAGGCGAUCCACGAUCAUGUAAUAACUCACAAUAACAGGGUCUCGGUAUCUCAUAGCGAUCAUACCACGUGGAAUCUCCACAUAAAGAACGUGCAAAAGGAAGACGAGGGGCUCUACAUGUGUCAGAUUAACACAGAUCCGAUGAAAAGUCAGACAGGCAUGUUGUCGGUCGUCGUGCCACCGGACUUUAUUCCGGAAGAGACAUCGAGCGAUGUCAUGAUACGCGAAGGAGGACAGGUGAAGUUAACGUGCCGUGCAAGAGGCGUGCCUACACCCAGCAUAUCGUGGCGUAGAGAAGACGGGAAGAACAUUAUAAUUCGGAAGCCAUUUGCAGGAAGCGCCUUGAACCAAAAGUCUCAUGUGACUUCAGUAAAUGAGUACCACGGCGAAGAGCUAAAACUGACAAAGAUCUCGAGAAACGAAAUGGGAGUUUAUCUCUGUAUCGCCAUCAACGGUGUGCCACCGGCGGUCAGCAAACGUAUUUCUAUCAACGUUCAUUUUUCACCGGUAAUUCAUGUACCUAAUCAACUGGUAGGUGCACCUCUGGGUACGGAUGUUGUCCUGGAAUGUUUUGUCGAGGCUUCGCCCAAGUCGAUUAAUUAUUGGGUCAAGGAUAAUGCGAUGAUAAUAUCGAGUCAACAACAUGACGUGCAGAUGAUCGAAAAAUCAAAGUUCGAGGUCCGGAUGGUGUUAACAAUUCGCAAUUUACAAAAAGACAACGUGGGUACUUACAAGUGUGUAGCCAAAAAUUCUCUUGGUGAUGUCGAGAGCAGUAUUCGAUUGUAUGAAAUUUCAGGGCCUACAAAAACUCAAACAGUUGCUCGGCCAUCUUUUUACGAUGAAGAGGAUGAGACUGUCUAUGGUUCGGCAGAAAUCGAGAAAAUGGAGAACAAACCUCUAUCCGUGGACAAUACGAUCAGUGGACACGUAGGAUAUCCAUCGGUUGCAACUCCAGUGCCGACCGUAAGGAUCGGUAAGAAGAGGCCAACAAUCAGCGCCAAUUCUAACGCGAACCAUCGUCGACAAGCCUCUGAUCUCCUCAUCAUUCUAAUGCUGAUCAUUGCUUGUGAGAGAUGUCAGUGAACAAACAGGCAGAUAAAGGUUUGGAAAAUCUGCUGUUAUUAGAUAUAGGGUAUUGAUAUCGUAAUAAUGUAAGAAAGAAUUGAUGUACGAUGCGCUUUAUUUUACAUUAAUUCUGUGCAGACCAAGCACGUAUUCACAUUCCUCAGUGACUUAUUCUUACAUUGUAAUUUUGAUAAGAGAGCAAAGAUGAAUUGAUUUUGGCAAAUCGGUGAAACGAUGGAAGGAUUUGGAUUAAAAUGAGAUUACGUUGCAAUGCGUUGUACGUACAACGGAUAGGAACAAGAUUUUGAAAUUGGGAGAUUGUGAAUGAAAAACCUUUCAAGACAUUAAACGAAUUUAUAUUAAGAUCGUGUCUGUGAAAGAAAUAUCCUAUAGAGAAAAGGAGAUAUCAGUAGUAGCGUAAGUUUUAUUCAUCGAACAAUUAAUAAUUUUGAAUUUAAUGCUCAAAUUAUAAAAAAAUGUAGGUGAACUUGUAGAAUCGUUUUGUCCUCUCUGAUUUUAAUGAUUUUUUAAUAUGUUGUAAAGUUCAAUAUUUUGAAAAUUUUUCCCUAUACAUAUAAUCAUCGGUCUCGUUUGGUUUCCGAGAUAUUUAUAUUUAUAUUUAUAGUUUCCUAGCAAAAGUCUGUAGAUACUACUACGAUGUAUUUCUAUCUAUAGUUAUGCGUCCGUGGCAGCAUAUGCGUCAGCAUUGGUUGUCGGUCACGUAUCUUCUGUUUAUAUACGAGAGUCGGGCGAGUUUAAAGCCCUUGUGCACAACUGCAUAUGUGAGGCUGCAAGAAAUGUCUAUAAUAAUUCAUUUAAAAAUGAAUAUUAUCAAUUUAUUGAGUUUAGGUUUUGAUCUGGUUUAGUUUUUUUUAAUCUGGUCAUUGGGAGAUGGCCGACAACGAUUGCGUGAAAUAAUAACAAAUUAAUUAUAAUAGUAAUAGGCGAAUGAAUAAUUGAUACUAUUUUAUGAAAUCAAACAAUCGUUAUUAAUUCACGCGAACUUAGACGUAAUACAUUGACGAUAUUCACUUUUAAUUGAGUUAUAAGUUAGAGCAAAACAUUUCUUGCAGCGUCGCAUAUGCAUAUUGUACACGGGGCCUUUAACCUUGCUAAUUCUUGCUCAUAAACAGAAGAUAAGCUGCCGAUGGCCGGCAACUUAUGCAUCGUUGCGAUAGACACACUAUUAUAAGUAGAAAUACAUUGUAGUGGUACCUGCAGUUGUUUGCGAAUGUCUCGUAAACUAUGUCAGAUCGACGGUUAUAUGUAUAGAAAAAAGUGUUUAAAAUGUUGAUUCCUCUAAGAUAUUAAAAAAUCAUCAGAAUCGGGUAUGACGGAACACCUAUAAAUUCAUCAGAAUGUGCAUAUACAUAUGUAAUGUGCUUUAUAUCCCAUGACAUUUCUGUCAUGAGGUUCAUACUGUAGACGUAUUUUGUGGAGAUAGCAAAUAAUUCUAGUAGCCACUUAUUUGUUUGAAAACAUCUUUUGUAAUUAGUUUUAAGAGCAAUUUAAUAGUUUUAUGGUGGUGUUAGAAAAUCUUAAAGACUUUGGGAUAUGAAACCACCAUUAGACGUUUUAUUCUAAUUGAUAACUGAUAAAUUAUUUCUUAAAUAUGCCCAUAAUUGGACUAUGUUUUUAUAUUUCUGUAAUCAAUAGUCACUUCUAAGUAAGUAAACUUUAAUAUAAAAUGAUACGUUUCGUAUCCUAAGAUUGAAAUGGUAGGUUCCUUUAGUUUAUUCUUUUUUUGCAAUUAAAUAUUCUAUUCAUACAAAUUCAAACAAAUAAGUCUAAGUAUCCCAAAGUGCUGCAAAAUGAAGACUGUUAUUAAAAAAAUGACGCUUUGAUACGUGCAGAUGUGUGAAAUCCGUGAUUUACAUUUUAGAGAAAAAUCUAAAAAAUUUUCUUGUUUUUGGUACUUGAAAAUUUCUGAAAAUAUAUCUCCUAUAAAGGAAGAUUCGUGAGAUUGAGAAAAGAUAUUUCCCAUUAUAAAAUGGUAUAUCGCUUAACUUUUACGUGACUAGUAGUCUACGAACGGACCACGGAAUUUGUAUUUUUAUGUGAGUGGUAUAAUGUGUUCUAUGCUAUAAACAUGGGCUUGCAUUCUGCUUUUUAAGAUCGUCGUCGUUCGAACGUUUCUUAACGCGAGUAAAUAAUGAAAUUAAAGUAGCUACACCCUAAAUUGUAGACAGCCCGAGAUAAAUGCAAAUGUGGACAAUCUAACUCGAGCAUAUAAGUAUGUUUCACAUAUGUAUGUAUGUAUUACAUAGGUAAGUAACAGAGAAAACGAGACACGUGAUUUGCAAGCGUAUAGUGAAACGAGAUGUUAAAGCUUUACUUUGAGUGAAAACAAAGUGGAUAAAAUGGUUAUAUUAAUAAGAUCAUUCAUACAGAUAUAUGCGAAUGUUAUGUUUGGAUCGAUCUGAUUAUUCGUAUCGAUAUGUAUCCUGUUUCGUUUACUCGUUGAGAAAAAAGUGAGACUUUAAGACUUUUAUAAGGUCUGUCAUAGAGAAUGCUACACAUAAAUAUACGAUACGAUUGCAUCGCGAAUGUUCAAUAAAACUAUUGGAUAUAUAAAAGCUAUAUCCUCGUUUCAUACCUACACGAAAAAUUUCAUAAAAAUUUAUUUUUCUGGAAUAUUUUUAGCUCGUAGAAUUUGAUAUCUUUAAUAGGAAAAAAUUUCUUUCCUACAAAUCCCUGUUCCUUUAUCAAAUUAAUACACAAAAGUCGUGUAAAAGUUUAGUUUUCUAACUAAUUAGUUUUCUAGAAAUUCAUUUGAUUUAAAUUCGGUACACUUUGUGAAAAUCUUGAUACUUUAACAACUUUAAUCGUGAGUAAUUUAAAGAUUCAUCGUUAUCACCAUUAUCAAUCCUUGUCAUUCUACGCUCUGAUUAAAUUUAUACAAUAAUAAUGACUAAUCUAAAAACUCUGAAAAGACACGAUCCUGUUAAUUUUGAACAUGGUAAUAAGCUAGCGAAGUAGAAAAGGUUUGAAACGACGAUGUAAGAAUAAGAAAUUUAAGAGGAAACAAAGCAAGGAAGGGUAGAAGAAGAUAAAAUCUACAAUCCUGGCAACAUAUAGACACGCAUACACAUAUGAUACACAUACGUUAUAUUCACAAAACAAACUGCCAGGUGAGUACUUUUUAUGUCAGUUUCAACGGCAAUAAAUUCGCGUGAUGUGCAUGUAUAUAUGCUUGUACACGUAUCUAUGUAUCAUACACACGCAAGCUUGCACGUGUACAUGUGUGUGUGCAUAUUGACACGUCAGGGUAACUAAGUUAUCUGUAUAUGUAAGUAGACCUCGUAAGCAGCAAGUAUUAAUAGGGUGUAUCGCGUUUUUAAUCACUGUCGGCGGUAGCUUUUUAUGCGUUGAGUAUCAAACAUCUUGGCCAAGCCGGAUGCUUUAACAGACGGAUUCCUUCGGUCGGACCAAAUGAUUUUAGGCAUCGCGUAUAUACGUGUAUCUAUGUAUAUGUACACACACUCGUUCACGAACGACAGAUCGAAUCUUGAUUAGGUACGUGCGAUCUGUUGAUUUAACUACAUCAAUUUAACGUUAUUAUAUCUUUGUUUAGAAAUAAACGUAUACAUCUUUUCGGAAUAUGAUACACUGGAUAAUGACAUUAUUUUAGAUAGUGCACCAUUUAUGUGAAUAGUUACGAUUAGGUAGUGUUGUUGUACAUUUGUCUUCCCAUUUAAUCGCCUUUGGUAAAAACCAAAAUAUUUACAUUUUCGUAACUAAUUGAUUUUUCCAUCAAUACUUACAAUAAUCUUUUAUUUUCUUUUUUUUUUAUUUUCCGCAUUAAAGUCGAGUUCUUCCAUCUGCCAUAAACUUUAUAAAUGAAUGAAUCGCGAGUCAAUAGAACCGGUUCGGAACCAGUUCACUGUUUAAUCGCAUUGCAAACUUUCAUAUCGAAAAGAUGAAUGAAAAGGUAUGAGUAUGUGCAUGUUAAAAUGAAAAUUUUCAUUUGCGCUGCCUCGAUUCGUUUGAAAACGAAGGUUUUCUGAACUUUGUUAUCUAAAAUAUAACGUAGAUCUAUUUACAAAAUAAUACCUUUGAACAAUAAUUUCACUCCUUCUAACAAUGCAUAUAUGCUUUCGCAUAUUUCUAAUAAAAAAGUUCGCAGACGACAACUUAUUGGUAAUCCUUUUCUAUAUUCAUACAGAUCGCACGGACCCUCAUCGAGGAUCCCGUUUGUUCGUUCAUUCCUUCUAAAUUCUAGAUGAAGAGACAUAGCGAGUAUAUUGUGUUUUCUGUAAAUGUGCGAAUCCUGCUUUUUCUGAAGGAUUUUUGUCGAAUAGAAACAGGCGGCAAUGGUAAAUGAGCGUGAAAAAGAAAGAUAUGCGUGAUAUUUUUGUAUAUAUUUUCGACCAUUGAUAGCGCUUUCUUUUGUGUUUCCUCCCGUUAAUUGUUAUUUAUCGACGCGGAAAGUUCGGUUUAAUCCCUUCGUAUCAGCAGGAAGAAGAAUGAGAGUAGGAAGGAAAAGACCUUGUACAGCUAGUUGAAAAUCGUGUAAUCGGGAUUAAAGCGUGACAAGUUUAACGUCUGAUUAUGACUUCGCGUCAUCGGACGCUUCUGACACGACAGUUACUAAAUAGAUGAAUGUCCUCCAGAUUUUUCGGUUCUUGAACCUCGAGAUUUCUUCGUCGAGAGGCUGCGUAGAUACUUCUCUACUGUGCUAUUUCUAUCGCUAGAGUAAUUUAUUUUUUUAGAACGUUUAAGCGUUUUUUUCUUUUGAAGGUAACGUCUUGAAGAUUUAAAGAAGUUCCCAAGUCCUCAAAUCAAAUGGUUCAUGGCUAACAUCGAAACGUUACUAGGGAUUAGAAGUAGGCUAAAAACACUUUUGCACAAUAAUUUGAACAUAAUUGAAAAGAUGCAAUGAUACACGCUUUGGUUCCUAAUAUUAUAAUACGCAUAUGUACUUGCAUGAUAUCGCGGUAAAAAAAUUUUCCUUUUUUACCAUUUAACAGCUAGGAUGAUAACUAUGAGGUGAGACUGAGAAACUCAGAAAUUAUUGGUACGUUAAUUGACUCUUUUUUCGUGUUACAAGUAUUAUAUGUCAUACAUUGUCUGAUUUCUUUAUGUUAUUUUAUAAAAAGUGAUAAUUUAUCAUUUGUUUAUUUGUUGUUGUUGUUGUAGUUAUAAAUAUCAUUUCUAAGAAGAAUGUUAUAUUAAAUUAUAAAUAAAUAUAUUACUAAACUGUUACUUCUUGAAGUUGAAAAUAGAUAAAAUGAAUUGUCGUAUAAAGGAGAAAAUGAUAGUACUCAAAAAAGAUUUCACAAUCAGUAUCAUGAUAUCAUUAGAGACGACAUUCAAUUUACUGAGCUACCAAAUGACACUAAAAAUUUACAUGAUAAUCCCUUCUGAUUCCUUAAACGCUAUUUUUUCGUAAUUUACUUAUUAUUCUGUUUUGUUCUGACUUCUGUUGUUUAUAAAUCAAUUAAUAAUUGAUUUCUUUUAUAAUUUAUAUCGUUGCAAUAUCGCGUUUUGGAAAAGUAAUGACACGAUUCGUAAAAUUGGAUUGUUCUCGUUAACAUGCACCAUAUUUAUUGGAUUUAUGACUGAUACAACUCGAAAGUAGGUUAAAUAUUUUAACAUUUGCUUUGUUUUCAAUGUUAAUCAAACAUAUUUUUCAUUACUCAUUGUUCAUUGUUCUUCCGUAAUAAUGGUAUAAUAUUACGCAUGUAAAUUUUACAAUUGAAUAAUUCAAAACAAAAUGAUUCAAAGCAAAAUGAUUCAAAAUUGUUAACCGGUACUGUAUUUCCGAAAAAUCCACUUAGGUAUAUCUUCUAAAUAUUAUCAUUUCUGAACUAUUCUAUGUUAACGUAACAUCAAUGGGAAGUUCCUUGUCCUAUGUUGUUUUGCACGAUACAUUUCCCUGCAGGCUGUCCAAGAAUUCCCCAAGUUUAUGAGUUCAGCCAUCAAGAAAGCUAACGUGGCGAGGCGUGUCGACUAAAAGGAAGAGAAAGAAUUCGGUCAUCGCAGGGAAUUAUAUGGGCGGAAUCCGGCUUUAAGGACUACGCGAAGAAGAUCUUAGUUCCUUCAUAAAUAAACACAACUGUCCGAACAGCUGGCGCGGACGUAAUUCAUCGCGAAUUAAUUUAAGGGCCGGCCCCUUCUUCUUUACCCCGGUUUUCGCGCCGCUAUUCCUUAUGCCUUUCCUUCUCCUCCGCCACUGGUACUUUCAUUAAAGGUCUGCCGGCACCAUUUGGUGGCUCACUUUAUGCUGAUUUUAUUUCCUUUCUUUCGAGAACUCGAGAUCCACGGUAAUUGUGCGGUAUUAUUACCCCCGCGCCGGCGUAAUGGUCUUGUGAAAUAUGGCCCAUCGAACGAGCCUGUACACCAUUGCACGUCGUCAACAGGAUAUCAUAGCCCGCUGAAAAUCAUCAACGUUGAUCCCAGUAGUCCUAGAGGAUUCUAUCUUCUCGAUUACUUUCGUUCGAUUAACAAUUUAUUUUCUUCCGCCUGUGUCCAAGGAUGUUCGUGGUUAUCCUAAUGAAAACCUUUUCUUUCCAAAGCGGGUUUCGUAGAUUUUCAGACAGGUAGGUCGAUGGUCUUUAAAGCUCUAUAAAAUUUGCCUCAAGUCGUUAUUUACUCACUUAGCAAAUACUGAAGACGGCGCACGGCGCGGCACUUUGCUUUGUCAUCUAGAAAUUUGCUUUGGAAUUUAACCUGUGUUAAGUAUAUGAAAUAGUUGAGGUUCGUUUUUGCGAAAAAUCAGAAUUUUCGAUUACUUUCGUUAAAAACUAGUAGUCAAUCGAGUGAAAUGAAGUUUGGUUUCUAUUCGAUAGAUUUACUGAAUCGAAUGUAAUAGCGUGAAAAAGAAAUUCAUGAAAUUUCGCUUUUUAAGUUUUCUGACAUUAAAAGCUUAAGGAGAAAGUUUGUACAUCGGUACGAAAUAAUUGUGAAUAUUUCUUAGUAAAUGUAUAUCGCGAAAAAGAUUUCUUUUCAUUCGAAAUUUGAAAUUAACACGAAGCUCAUAAUAUUUCAAGUCUCGACGUUAUAUUCACAUUUUUUCUGACGAUUUUUUUGUUAUCGAGGACAAUAUUUCUAGGUAGACCUUUAAAUACAGUCUCUGUGCUCGCCUAGAGUGAAUGAUUUGUUUGCCACUCGAUUUAAGAAAACUUACAUUUUACACAUUCCUUUCAAAUAUUGUCUAUCUUUGUUUUUAUUAGAAUUAGUAAAAGUCGAAUAAAUUGAAACGUGAAAUUAUGUACAAAAUAAGGUACAAACCUUUCAUACCUAAUAAAUGUUAUAAUUAAAAAGUACGCUAAGGAGCAACAGUUUAAUCGUUUCUUGAGAUUUCUGCGCAGGAUUUCAAUUAUUUAUUUACUUAAACCAAUUUUUCAACAUUUACUUAAUAGUGUGUUUUUAAGAGCUUCUCAAUGUUGUCAAAUUCAAUCUCUACCUCUCCGAUAUUUCCUAAUUGUAAAUAACUUCAAAAUAGUUUACGGAAGUUCAAUACGAUAUUAACCAAGAUAAAUGCCUAUUAUCGAUCAGGGAGACAAUUACAAUACAUUCUUCACCCUUACCGUCCUAGGACAAUAAUCUUGAAUGGAAUGUUCGAAGCUUGCCACGUUGGUUGGCAUGUCGCUCGCACCUGUCGACCAAUGAUUCAAAUAAGGCAAAAAAAUCAAAUUAACAAUACUGCUAUUUAGGUAUUGAAAUUAGGACUGUCACUUUUAACGUUCAUCUAUACUUUCCUAUGUUUAUACACACACAUAGUUAAAGUGUAAGAUGCACAGUGGACGUAUGCACUAAUCAAAUCUCCUCGAGCAACGAACAUGCUCGAUAAUUCAUCAACGAAUAUACAGAAUGCAUUACAUUUUCUGACAACAUGUUACAAUUAAUUAAAAUAAAAUGAUACUUGAAUCACAUUACCAAGAAAAUUAUUAAAAAGUUAUUUAUUCUUAAAACGUGUAUUUAUCGUAUAUAUCUGCAAAAAAUAUUCGCUUUUAUCAUGGUGUUGCAUUUUUUUAUCAUAACACAGUGCGCUAAAAGCGAGUAUAACCAUCCUAUCUAUAUGUAAAACAUGUGUUUUCUCAUAUGUUUCUCCGCUACAUGCAAAUAAUAAAUGCAUACGUUUACCAAUGAGCGUACACUUUAACUAUACUCACGCUUUAACUCCAACAUAUCUUCCUAAACAUAUCUUUCCUUCGGCAAUUACAGACGUAGAAGACUUAUUUUUCUGUAAUUAUAAGCGUCUACAAAGAAAGAUCGAACGUAUGUAAGUAUUUAUUUUUAAGAAUGUCUCAUAGCAUAUCGAAGCAACACUUGUAUGUAUCUCUAGGUGAUCAUCGAGUGAUUCUCAUGUCUGACCAUUCACGCUCUGUCUCUACUUUUGAAUUCUCUUGUAAAAGAAGACAAUAUCCACGCGUAAGUGAAUUUUGCAUGAUUGAACUAAAACUAAAACAAUAACAAGGAAUUUUGUAAUGAAACAGAAAAGGGCAAAGAAUAAGUUUAUGUUGCACAUGUGAGGAAUAAUUUAUAUUAUAUAAAAUUCUACUUAGAUAAAUGUACAUAUAAUUUAUAGAAGUCGUAGUUCUGCAAUUUGCAUGUGAACAAACAAACGAGUAACAGAAUGUAUGUUAUAGGCAAAAAUAAUACGAACAAUCAGAGGAUCCAGUAUCCGAGUUUCUUCGUCGAUAAAGACUAACCGACAUCGAUUACCCAGUAGCCUCUGUUCAAUCGAGUUUUAUUCUUUAAUCGAAUUUCACUUUUGUUCAAACUAUUAGUUUUACUGUUUGUAUGUCUAAGAAAUCUAAGAAGUUUGAAAGUCUAAGGGUCUAAGAAGAAUCCAAGAAGUUUAAGUGAUUCAAGUAUUCAUCAAGAAAAACAAAAGAAGGUUAAUCAACAUGGGUUCUAAAAUCGGUACUUUUAAUGCAAAAUAUAAUUUGUAUGUACCUUCCGCGAAGGUUCUUAACCAGCUUGAUUUAUGUAAAAUAAUGUAAAUUACAACAAUGAAAAAAUAAUAACAAUAAUAAUAGUUUGAAUUCAUAAUACAUACAUCGAAUCAAUGGAAUUUUGUACUAUUAGCGCCUUCAAAGACUUACAAACCUAAAAGAAUGUAAGAAAAUUUGUUUUCCAAAGAUAUCGACAAGUAUUAUAAGUUAAAAAAACGUUGAUAACCAUAGUGAUAAAUCUUGCGGAAUUUGACAUAAAGUGGGCUCAUCCGACUCUCUGACUACAUAUCGGGAGAAAGCCUUUUUGUAUGAUACAUACUGGAAUAAUCUUUGCCUGUAACAUAUACAUACGAACAAGUACACGAGCCGGAUCUUUGAAUCGUCCUUAGCAUCUGUAAUGUCUAACCCGUGUCAAGGAGGAUUAUUUAUACAUCAUAGUCAACUCUGGAUGAUGAUCUGAAAGCUGACGCUUUAAAUCGUUUUUCCGAUUAUUACACUAGACAAGAAUCUGCCGUAUGUACAUUAUCGCAAUCAAUUGAUUAUUUUUUAUAUUAAUUAUUAUUUUCUCCAUUCCUUCGAAAUAUUUAAUUGAUCAGUUAUUGGAUUAUCUAUAGGCACGACAGCGAAUUCAUACUUACGUAUAUUAGAGAGGACUAUAAAGUUAAUUGCAAUAGGCCCCGUUGCCUGCCGCGGGAUUUGUUCUUAUUUUUUCCGCAAAAGGAAAAAUCUUCACGAAGAAGAAAGAGAGAGAGAGAGAGAGAGAGAGAGAAAGAGAGAAGUUAUUUUAUGACUACGAAGUCUGAAGCGAAUUUUUGCGCGACUAGAAUUGUACAGUAACUUGUACAAGUUUCUCGUUGGUUAAUACUAACCUUACCAGGGCCGGUCAAAUGACCGACUUCAAAAUUUAAUUAAAAAUUGUACGUUC